AUGGAUAUUGAUGAGAGUAGAGAAGCAUUGCUGAUAAGAGAUUUCGGUAUUGCAAAAAGAGAGGAAAAUAUCGGUUAUUAUGCUGGAUUUGUAGGGUCUGCAUUCUUGUUAGGAAGAGGUCUGACUUCUAUUCUUUGGGGAAUGAUAGCUGAUCGAUAUGGUCGUAAACCAGUCAUGCUUUUUGGCACAGUUGCAGUGGUGAUUUUCAACACAUUUUUUGGACUUAGUACAAACUAUUGGAUGGCAAUUUCAACAAGGUUUCUCCUUGGAAGUAUGUGUGGAAUACUUGGACCAAUGAGGGCAUAUGUAGCAGAAAUUUGCCGAAAAGAAUAUCAAGCUUUGGGAAUAUCAACAAUUACCACAUCUUGGGGGAUUGGAUUAGUAAUUGGUCCAGCUCUUGGAGGUUUACUUGCACAGCCUGCAGAGAAAUUCCCAGAAAUAUUUUCUAAAGAAUCUCUGUUUGGGAGGUUUCCAUACUUUCUACCUUGUUUGUUCAUAUCAAUAUUUGCUUUGGUUGCAACUUUUUUGUGCCAAUGGUUGCCGGAAACACUUCACUUUCAUACCAAAAAUGAUGAAGAGAAUGAGAAAUUUUUUGGUCCACUAGAUGCCAAUUCAAAUGGAUCUGAUCCAAAAGAAAACUUGGAAGAACAUGAGAAAAAAUGUGCUCCUAAAGAGCAGAGUCUUUACAAGAAUUGGCCUCUAAUGUCAUCUAUUAUGCUGUAUUGUGUUUUUCAACUUCAUGACAUGGCUUAUGUAGAGAUUUUUCCAUUAUGGGCUGUCAGUCCUAAGAAGUUUGGAGGACUAAGCUAUUCAAGUGAUGACAUUGGUGAAAUUCUUGCCCUUGCAGGAUUUGUUAUGCUUCUCUUUCAGAUAUUUUUGUACCCUCCCAUUGAGAGGAGUUUUGGACCUGUACACUUGGCUAGAAUUGGAGCAGUCAUCACAAUAGUUUUGCUAUCAACUUACCCUUUUAUAGCAAAACUGUCUGGACUCACACUCACACUAUUGAUUGAUCUUGCAGUUGUGCUAAAGAAUUUAGUAUCAGUCUGCAUCACUACAGGAUUGUAUCUACUGCAAAACCAAGCUGUGAGUCAAAGCCAAAGAGGAGCUGCAAAUGGCAUAUCCCUGGCUGCAAUGUCUCUAUUCAAAGCGGCCGGUCCAGCCGGUGGAGGCGCCAUAUUUGCUUGGGCACAGAAUAAUCAAAAUGCCUCAUUAUUUCUCCCUGGUACGGGAUCUAAAUCUCAUUAUUAUGACAAUUUUUUUUUCUUUUUUUCCAAAAUCUUUAUCUUCUUGUUUAUAAACUAACCAUAUUAUUUAUUAUUAGAAGUUCUAUAGAGCCCACAAAUCUCCACAUUAUACACAAUCUCCUAAUUUAAAGAUGAAAUUGGAACAUUAAUGUUUUUUAAAUAACAUCACAUGAUCUUCCCUUGAAGACUUUUUUUCAAACAUAUCUUCAUACUCAUCAAUGCAGUUGCUCAAGCCUCAUCUCCACAUUAAUAGUCUUUUAAUAAUUUGAAGAAGAAUUCAUAAC